UGAUUUAUUGAUUAAUUAAGGUGGGAGUACCCCCCGUACCCCUGUAACGCCCUCCAGUAGAAACCAAUCAAGACGAUCAACUGCUCCACCUACUCCUGCGCCAGGCGGUGAACGAUCUCCGCACGUUAAAAUCACUGACGGCACAUUGGAUCCUGGAAUUCCUUUCUCCAGCUUGACAUCUCUUCCCCACGCAGCCAUCAGUACAAGCCUGCAGACCCUGGCUGUAGACGAUUUUGUACGAACUGUACGGACCCGUGUACGGUACAUAACCCUCUGCGAACCUGAGGAGGAAGACGAGUUUAAGACUGGAGAGGAUGGUUUGGUUAGAUCUAGCUCUUGUCCCCAACUAUUAUCUAUAAACUUCCUUCAAAUGAAAACCAGAGAGAGAUCUCCUGCUAAAUUGAAGGAAGAUAUACCUAGGAUAUCCUGUGGUGUGCAAACAGAAGAGCAGUAUCUUUCUUGGCAACAUUUAUUCCCGUCCGCCCUAUCUUUAGUACCCACCAACUAUCCGCCGGACAAUAGUAGCAUACCCGCCAACCAUCCGCCGGACAAUAGUAGCAUACCCGCCGAAAAGCAACAUUAUCCAUACAAGCUUCUGGAUGAUUAUAUUGAAUCAGCAUUGAAGACGAUGGACAAAGCGGGAAAUCCAACCCUUUUAAGGGAUGAAAUAGCGCUGCUCCACAGUCAUCUCUUGUUUGAGAGACAACGACGAGAAGUUCUGGGGGCCAGGAAUAGACGGCUGCUAGGUAAAACCAAGAACUUCCGUGACCUAGAAGAGCAGAACCUGGCGCUAAGUGACCAGCUGCAGAUGACACAAUCAGAGAUCUCAACGUUGCAUUCACAACUUGCUGGGCUCAGAUCGGAAAAGCAUUCUGCGGAAAAGCAAUGGUCCAACUCUGCUCGGGAACAGGAGGAGAAAUGUUUAAAACUUCAGGCAUCUGAGGAGGAGCUAAAACUAAAAAUUAGAGAUCUGGAAACCUCACUGGAAGAGAGUAUCAAAAAUGAGAGUAAGUCCAGAAUUGAAGCAGAAAACUGCCAAUCUGAUCUUUUCCAAGCCAGAGCCAAGGUUGAGAAGUAUAAGACAAAGGAGGCGAGAUGGGAGAAAAUGGAAACCGAUAUGGAAAAGUUGAAAAAGCAGGUUAUCCUGCAGGUUGAACUGAUCAGGAAUUACCGGGAUAAAUUAGAGAAUUCUCCUAGUAGAGCAAACCAAGAACAGAUCAGAUUGAUCAGUGAAACUGCCCAGCAGGAAGUGGAUGCGUGCAAAACUGAAUUCAAUCAAAAGAAUACAGAAUUAAUUGCGGCAUCUGCUAUCAUGGUUGAGCUCGAGGGAAAGGUUAAAAGUUUAACAAGUUGUCUUGAACAGCAGAAGCUGUUCUUGGAACAGACCCAAGAGGAAUACAAUUCUAUAACAGAGGCGUAUGCUGAGAAAGAGAAGGGUAUGAGGAGUAUUAACUCUCAUCUAGAGAUGACCGUACUAGAACUUCAGGAUCGACUGGACAGACAAAUGCGAGUACGGAAGGAAAAAAAAGGAAAUAGUCCGAGUUCAGAUAGUCUAGAUAUUGCAGGUAGUCAUCCUAGUUCAGAUAGUCUAGAUAUAGCAGAUAGUCAUCCUUGUUCAGAUAGUCUAGAUAAAGCAGGUAAUCAUCCUAGUUCAGAUAGUCUAGAUAUAGCAGGUAGUCAUCCGAGUUCAGAUAGUCUAGAUAUAGCAGGUAGUCAUCCUAGUUCAGAUAGUCUAGAUAUUGCAGGUAGUCUAGGUAUAGCAGGUAGUCUAGAUAUAGCAUCAGGUAGUCUAGAUAUAGCAGGUAGUCUAGAUAUAGCAGAUAGUCUAGAUAUAGCAGAUAUUUAGAGAACUGAGAUCAGC